ACUUCCCCGGAGGCCCGCCGCCGCAGUGUGUGUGUGCGUGUGAGCCGGACCCGUGGACCAAUGAGGAGGCGCCCUGUUGGCCUGCGGGCAUCCCGUCGUGCUCGUGUGCUUCCGCACUGAGCGCUACGUCAGCACCGACACGAAAACAUGGCGGUGGCCACAGGAGCAACACGGCGGCGGCACCAUCAGCAGCGGCAGCGGUGGUGGGCUUCGUCCUCCGUGGCGGGGAGGUUGUCGGUCGCUCUUCUCGCGGUGCUGCUUUGCUACAGCGGCGUCGUUGAAGUGACCGCCGACGACGAAGCGGCGGACGCCGUCGCGCAGACGCUGGACGCAGCGGACCUGGCUCCCCACCGCCGGUUCGAGUACAAGUACAGCUUCAAGGGGCCACAUCUGGUCCAGACGGACGGCACGAUCCCCUUCUGGAUACACAGUGGCAAUGCCAUCCCGAGUGCGGACCAGGUACGAAUCGCGCCAUCACUCAAGAGUCAGCGUGGAUCCGUAUGGUGCAAAAACAAAAUGACCUUCAAACACUGGGAGGCCGAAGUGACGUUUCGGGUGACGGGAAGAGGCCGAAUGGGAGCGGACGGCUUGGCCAUCUGGUUCACCUCAGCUCAGGGCCGCCAGGGACCUGUGUACGGCGCUGCCGACAAGUGGAACGGAGUCGGGAUUUUCUUUGACUCCUUCGACAACGACGGAAAGAAAAAUAACCCCGUUGUCGUUGUCGUCGGAAACAAUGGCAAACUUGUUUAUGACCAUAAACGUGACGGCAGCACACAAGCCCUGGGCACAUGUUUGCGGGACUUCCGCAACAAGCCGUAUCCGGUCAGGGCCAAAGUGACUUACUACAAACAGACUCUAACAGUGAUGAUCAACAACGGCUUCACUCCUGACAAAGAUGACUUUGAAUUCUGCACCAAAGUGGACAACAUGAUCAUUCCCGCUGAGGGCUUCUUUGGCGUCUCGGCUGCGACCGGCGGAUUAGCGGAUGACCAUGAUGUCUUAUCCUUCUUGUUAUUCCAACUCACGGAACCGGGCCAAACUCCGCCCCAACCUGAGGCAGAGAUUCCUAAAGAAGACAAGGACAAGUACCAGGAGGAAUUUCACAACUUCCAGCAAGAGCUUGACAAAAAGAAAGAGGAGUUCCAGAAGGAGCACCCGGAUGUCCAAGGAGAGCCAAUUGAGGAUUUGUAUGAGAGUGUGAACGAUCGAGAGAUCCGUCAGGUGUUCGAGGGUCAGAACCGCAUCCACCUGGAGAUCAAGCAGCUCAACCGGCAGCUGGCCAUGAUUCUGGACGAACAGCGGCGCUACGUGACCAUUGUCACUGAUGAGAUCUCCAAGAGGGGAUCCAACAUUGGCUCGGGGCAGUUGGAUGUGGCGAACCAGCAGCUGGGCACUAUUGUAUCCUCCCAACAUGAUCUGCUCAGGAACAUCAACGAGUUUAGGAACGCCUUUUACGAAUCUCUGAAGCAGAUGGGCGCGUCCCAGCAGCAUCAUCAGGGCGGCGCUGUUGCCGCUUAUGAGAGCGUUCAGCAUUUCAAUGACAUCAAGGAGCACCUGCACUCAGUCAGACGCGACUUGGAGCACCUGGUACAACGUGGCGCUCAGAACCCUGGUGAGAAGGUCCAAAAGUGCCCUGAGUUUCCACCCAUGCCCGCGUGCCUGUCCACAGUCCAUUUUGUCGUUUUCAUCGUGGUUCAGUCGGUUCUGUUCUUGUGUUACAUCAUGUACAAAAGCCAACAGGAAGCAGCUGCCAAGAAGUUUUUUUGAUACCAAAAAAAAUCUAAAUGAGUUUGUAAAUGAGGGAAUAGUUAUUUUGGGUGACUUUUUUUUUUCCUCCUCAAAUUUUCUAAGUUAUUGUAUCUGGAAGGAAAAUAUGAUUUGUGUGGAAGAAUUUAGUUUUAAUGAAUUGCUUCCAGAUUCUUAAUUUGGUGCUGUUUACAAUGUAUGACACACAAAACUUAAUCCUGGCAGUAUUUUUUCUUUUAUUUUGGGUCACAUCUUUUUGGAUUUUUGUUUAAAAAAAGGAAGAAAAAAAUCUGUCUGAGUUGUUUCCGGCAUGUUGCUGACAACAAACCUGUGUCUUUUUUUAAAAUGUGCAAUUUUGUAUGAAUAAAGAUGGAAACUUGGUGGAAUCUGACA